AUGUCUGCCUCAGCACCCACGCUCAACUACUACCACGUUUACGCGCAAGACCUGCCGAACGCCCAGCGGGCGAAGCAUACUGAGGCGCAUCUAGUGCAGAACACGCCCCUGAUUCAAAGUGGGGUCAUCAGGGCCGGGGGCGGGCUGUUGCGCCCCGAAUCCAACUCGUCGGAUCCCGACGCACGGCAGAACAUUGUCGGCUCUUUCAUCAUCAUCCAAGCCGAGAGCAUGGAGGCUGUAUGGGAGAUACUCAACAAGGAGAUUUUCUACACGUCCGGCGAAGUGUGGGAUCGCGAAAAACUCUCCGUGGUGCCCGUGUACGUGCCCUUCAAGGAGGCGAAGUUUGAGUAG